AUGCUCGCCGAGCCAUCCGCCCAGGAUGACGACCGGCUCUCGGUCACCGCCAUCGCCGAUGCCGAGCUCGACAGCACGGGAGCCGGCUCGCCGCCCUCGACGACGCUAGAGGAGCUCACACUAUCAGAGCACGGCUACGAACACGCCAGUCCAGCUGCUCACGCACAUGGCCAGGCACCAGACGCGCGUCCCACCGUGCCUGCAGAUGCACCCCACCCAGCCCGCGCCGCGGCGGCAUCUCGGAGCCAACUCGAUGCCGCACUUGGCGGCGUCCUGGUCAUCAGCGGUGGAAGCGGAUACAACGACCUCGUCGGCGCCACUCCGGGUGCUACCUAUGUCAUGCCCAUCUCGGACAACGGCGGCUCGUCGUCCGAGAUCAUCCGCGUGCUCGGCGGGCCCUCGAUCGGCGACAUCCGAUCGCGUCUCAAUCGGCUCAUCCCGACGCCAGCACGUCACGAUUCGGCCGCUGCGCCAUCGAACGACGCGAUCCACAAGCUCCUCGCGUACCGCCUUCCGUCGCACGGCUCGUCGCGCGAGAUCAAGCAGGAGUGGAUGGACAUCCUCGAGGGUCGCCACCGACUGUGGCGCGGCAUCGAGCCCGAGCGCAAGGAAGUCAUCCGCGGCUUUCUCGUACACUUUGAGAGCGAGGUGCUGCGCCGCGCUCAUCGCCACUUCAACUUCCGCGGCGGAUCGAUCGGCAACUUCUUCCUCGCCGCCGCGCAGAAGUUCUUCCGCUCCAUUCAGAGCGCCAUCUUUCUGUUUGCCGCCACCACCCAGAUCGACACGUCGUCGUUUGCGAGCAAGGUGCUGCCAGUCAUCAACACCAAUCACACGGCUACCAUCGCAGCCGAGCUGCAGGAUGGAGACAUCAUCGUCGGGCAGUGCGAGAUCUCGCAUCCGUCGCCCAAGGCCUCGGAUCGCGCUGCACCCCCGAUGGAGAAGAGCGGCUCGCUCGCAAGUCAGCCGCCGGGCACUCCGUCGUCGGCGGUGUUAGAUGCACGCGCGGCACAGACGCUGCUGGGCGAUGGCGGCCCUUUGACACCCGGAUUCGGUCCGCCGGCGCAUUACCACGUGGCGGGGCCGUUUGAGUCGAACUACACGUCGAUGAAUGGCAGUGUCGAUAUGCUCCGAAUGGGCACGUCGGAGAGCGAGGCGAGGCCGUCGUCAGCGGCGCGGCAGUACGGCGCAUCGGCAACUCCGCUGCGGACUGGUGCCGGGCCGAGCCCGCUGUUUGCGCAGCUGGUGGACGAGCGUGCGGCGGCAUAUGCAGCGCAGGUGCGCAAAGGCCGCACGACGGUCGGCAACCUAAAGGACGGCCUGGACCCGGAAGACGACGACCAGGACUCGCAGGAUGGCAACGAUCCGACCGACUCGCCGCGCGACAGCAGUGCGGCCGAAGACGAUCCCACCGACGCGAGGCACUCGGUGCCCGAGCUUGGAUGGUCACACCAGCACGGUGCGGUGAAGAAGCUCGCCCGACCGGCGCCAAGGGAGAAGACGGGCAACAUCAUCUUUUCCAAGUCGGACGAUGCGUCGGAGCCGGCACUGGCGUCGCCCAUCCGUCGCAUUCUGUACGUCAAUGCGUAUCGAAACGAGAUCCAUCCUGCGCCGAAUCCGGCGUUUGUAGGCGCUUUGGGGCGGUGUCAGACGCUCAUCUACUCGUGCGGCUCGCUGUGGACGAGCAUCAUCCCGUGUUUGGCUCUGCGCAGCAUCGGCACUACCAUCGCCACCUCGACAACGCUGCGCUACAAGGUGCUGCUGCUCAAUACGAUACAUGACCGCGAAACUCGCGGGAUGGACGCAGUGGAUUUCGUAAGCGCCAUCUGCGAUUCGCUCAACCACUCGGACCAGCCAGAACGUGCCGACGCCCAAGCCUACACGCCCAACCAGUUCAUCACGCAUAUCGUCCACUUCCCCACUGCAAGCAUUGCUGUUGACACCCGCCGGCUAGGCGAGAUGGGCAUCACAUGCAUCCCUGCCGCCUCGACAACGUCCAAAAACGGCACACCCAUCUUUGACCAGGACGCGCUCAUCGCCGCUUUGCAUCACAUCACACGCCAGACUUAG